CUUGAACCAUUUGUUAUCAUUUUUAUCGCCCUAUGUUGAUAUAAAGCUCCUAUAAGUUAAUGCAAAAAAUUGCUAAAUCAGUUCUCACUCAGUGACUAGCACUUUGAGAGAUGUUUCUGAGCGAUUGUGCCUUAAUCGACCUUACCGGCCUUUUGCUGGCCUUAAUUACCAUUUUCAUCACCUACUACAAAUGGAGCUUCACCUACUGGAAGAAUUUAAAUGUCCCUUACCUGAAACCUAGCAUUCCUAUGGGAAACCUAGCACCUCAAUCAGCAAGCAAAGAACACUUUUCACUUGUAGUAAAACACAUAUACGACGAACUGAAACGACAAAAAGCUCGUCAUGGUGGCUUUUUCCUUUUUGCUAGACCCGCAUACCUGGUCAUCGAUCUGGAAUAUGUGAAGAACGUAUUUACAAAAGAUUUUAAAUAUUUCAACGACCGUGGAAUGUACUACAAUGAAAAGGACGAUCCAAUAAGUGCCCAUCUCUUUAAUGUCAGUGGCGAAAAAUGGAAAAAUUUGCGAACUAAACUUACUCCGACUUUCACUUCCGGAAAAAUGAAGAUGAUGUUCCAGACUCUUCUAGAUUGCGAGAAAAAUCUUCACGAGAAAAUUGAAGAGUUAUAUGAACGUAACGAACCUUUAGAUGUGAAAAAGCUUCUUAGCUGCUAUACCAUGGAUGUUAUUGGCUCCUGUGCUUUCGGUAUAGAAUGUAACAGUUUUAAAGACGGUCCUGCGUCUUUUCGGGAGUAUGGUUUGAAGUUCUUUAACAUGUCAAAGUGGGAGAAUUUCGUUUUUGGAUUAUCAAUGAGUUACCCGAAAGUGGCGAAGGCGUUAAAAGUAAGAGCUGUGUCUAAAAGUGUGUCGGAUUUCUUUAGCAAAGUUGUGAAAGAUAACGUGGAAUAUAGAGAAAGCAAUCACUAUUCGAGAAAAGAUUUCAUGCAGUUAUUGAUUGAAAUGAAAAGGAAGGGGACACAAAAUGGCACAGGUUUGACACUCGACGAAAUUACAGCGCAAAGUUUUGUUUUCUUUUUGGCCGGUUUUGAGACAUCUUCAAGUGCAACGUCUUGGGCAAUGUUUGAACUUGCCAAAAACCCAGACAUUCAAGACAAAUUAAGGGACGAAAUUAACAGUGUUGUAGCUAAACAUAACGGAAAAGUCACUUAUGAAGCCCUUCGAGAAAUGAAAUACAUGGACCAAGUAAUUAAUGAAACCCUUCGGAAGUACCCUCCCGGAGGUGUGCUAGGUAGAGAGUGCACCCAAGAUUACAAGGUACCCGAUCAAGACGUUAUUAUAAAAAAGGGUACCCGAAUUUUUAUUCCCGUUUUGGGCAUACAUUACGACGAAGAAUAUUAUCCUGAUCCUGAUAAAUUCGACCCUGAAAGGUUUAACGAGGAAAACUCAAAGUCCAGGCCCCACUAUGCACAUAUACCUUUUGGAGAAGGUCCUAGAAUUUGUAUAGGUUUACGAUUUGGAGUCAUGCAAACAAAAGUAGGUCUUACUUCGUUGCUGAUGAAGUACAAGUUUACUUUAAACGAAAAAACUGGACGGCGUCCAAAGUUUUCGGCUUAUGCUUUUGUAUUAACUCCAGAGGAAGAAAUAUUGCUAAACGCAGAGAAGAUAUAAUUAAAACAACCACACUAUAUAAUACUUAACUACAAUACCACGUGAUGUUAACUUAAUACACUGGAAACACUUUUUAGCUCAAUAAAAUAAUUUGAAAAUUUC